AAACAAGAAACACAAACAAAUACCGGCGAUAUUGUAUUACAACAGCAACAACAAUCAACAGAAAUUGAUCGUACAAUGUUUUUACAAUCAAUUUCUGUUCAUCAACAAAAUUUAAAAGCAGAAAAUUCAACAAUGAUAUUCUCAUCACCAUCUACACAAAAUUCAACAACAACAACAACAUUCGAUGAACAACAUUCACAUGGUAUGGAUGAUCUUUUACAACAACACCAACAACAACAACAGACAUCAUCAUCAUCGGAAUCAUCAUCAACGAUAACAAAAACAACGACUACAUCGACACCAUCGAUAGUUAGUGCGGCUACUGUAACAUCAAUGUAUCAUCGUGCUGCGGCAGCAGCAGCGGCGGCUGCGGCUGCUGCCGCUUCUGUAAAUGUUGGUGGUGGUGGUGGUGGU